ACUCAAAAUUAAUCAGUUUUAAUUAAUGCAACAAUGUCUGUUGUUGAAACUCCGAAAAUAAAAUUACCCACUCACACUCCACUCUCUACUCCAGAAUGGCCAAUAAAGAAUGAGAGACAUGGAAAUAGGGCUAAGGAGCUAUGGUCGAUAUUGAGAAAUUCUGUGAAACUUCUCACUGAUUUGAUGAAAAAAGAUGAUGUGAAGCCGUCGACUAUUACACAUGGUAUCCAUCACCAAAGAAAACUGAAUCAUGAUGAACCAUUGCGAUGUGUUAUUUAUAAUGCAAUUACAGAGGAAAUAAUCACAGUUGAUAACCAGUUUAUUCGAGUAUUUUAUCGAGAUGGUCGAAGGAAAGAUAUCAUUGAUCCUGGUGAUCAAAUUGUUGAUAUGAUCCGGUCUUCAAAAUCUAAUCAAUAUAUUGCACUUACUUCUGAUCAACAAAUGAAGUUGUUAAACUCAGAUAUUGAAUUUAUAUCAACAGCAACCUUUCAAUAUAAAAUCAGUUGUAUGAUUUGCAAUGAAAGUUGUAAUGAAGUUGUUACAGCAGGAUCUGGCAAUGUUACUUCCUGGUGUUUUCGAUACGGUAACAAAUAUUUAAUUCCACACAAAGUCAUUACAGAAGGUCUAACAUCGAAUGAUGUUUUUGACAAUAUCACGUUAGAAGGGUCAGCAAGCAAGAAUCAAAAAUGUUAUGCUUCUUGUGGGACAGGUGUUGCAAUAUUCAAUUUAUAUCAAGGAAAAUUAUUGAGUUAUAGAAGAGAUCUUCAUGUCAGAAAUAUCACAAGUAUUUUAUUUAUCAAUCCAUUGAAAUAUGUUGUCACUGGAUCAAGAGAUGGAUCAAUUAAAUUAUGGGAUUCCAAUUUCGAAGUACAACAUGUUUUUGUUGGUCACCAUGGUCCAGUUCAAGCACUUUCUUUAUAUCCAUUGGGACCUUAUUUUAUGUCUGCAUCUUAUGAUUCAACCAUACGUCUAUGGAGUUUAGAAACAUAUGAUGAAGUCGAUUUACUUGAAACUGAUGAACCAAAUGAAGGGAUGAGCACGGUACCAGAACUUGGACAUUUAUUCUCAUAUUCAUCUUAUAUGGUUGACUUAUGGACAAUCAGCCAUAUUCAUCAGAUGUUCACUUCUGUUGGGCACGACGUCUUCAAUAUGGAGUCAAUUUCUCUUUCAGCAAAGAUUCCAGAGCGUGUGCUUACGCAAUCCACAGACAACAUAGUUCGGAUAAUUUCACCGACAAAUGGUUCGGUAUUGACAUCACUUGUUCCAUUCCAAUCAUUUCCAUCGAGUAAAACAAAAUCGAAUACAGAACAUUCAGUGAAAGGAAAUCUUGUCGACGCAGUUUAUUGUGUUCCACGAGAAACUGUCUACGCUGCUUACUCUGAUGGAUCAUUGGUCAAAGCAUGGACCGCAAGUAAUCCAGCAACUGUUCAAUACGUUUGGAAAUAUCUUGAUGGUGAAUACAUUAACUGCAUGUGUGUAUAUGAAUAUGUUUUGAACAAUGCUGAAUUGGUUGAUACGUGGAAAUCAUCUCAAGAGAAACCAAAAUUGCCAAGACAAAUUACAAGACUGCCUAAAUAUGGAAAUAAGACGCUUCUUCUUGUUGGCCGCAGAGAUGGUUGUAUUGCAAAUAUUGAUAUGAAUACCGGUAAUAUAUUAUAUGUUACAGAAGCGCAUGGAUUGAAAGGGGUCAUUGGUAUUCUUGCAAAUACAAAAAACGACCAAGUUAUAAGUGCUGGAGAAGAUAAUGUUGUAAAAGUUUGGAGGAUAUUUCCCAACACUGCUGAAGCCUUAAGUUUAUUGAUGUCGUUUUAUUGUGCGCACACACCGCGUCAUAUGUCAAUUGCAUUGUCAAGACUUGUCGUAGCCUUCCAACAACCAGAGACAGCGACGUAUAGUAUUGUCGUAUAUGAUUUAGAAACGAAAGAGCGUUACGAUCACAGUCCAGAUCAUGAUCACACGGAUAACAUGACAGGAUUGACGUUUUGUUCUCGACUCAAACUAUUCGCUUCUUCGAGUAGAGAUGGGACCAUCAGGGUUUGGAAUCAUUUCAAUAUUCUAAUCAGAACAUUGAAGCUCAAUGCCGAACCGAAAAGUAUACAAUUUUGUAGCGAACGAGGUGAUUUACUCGUUGGACUCGGAGGAAAUAUACAUCGAAUUGAACAUCAGAAUUAUCUCCCACAAGCUUAUAUUUUUAAAAUGGUUUGCAUGCAAUUUACUGAUCCGAUUGAUGAAAAUCCUAUACCACUCGAUGAAACGCUCACGAGAAAUUUGUCUUCGGAGGUGCUAAGAUGUGUUAAAGAAGCCAAGUCAUCUUACUUGAAAUUUAAUUAUGCUUGGGAUCCAAUGUCUGCUGAGGAGUUACGAGAGGUUGACGAGGAAGAAAGAGUGAGAUUGAAGGCUUUUGAAAUACUCGAGAGAAGAGAGAAAGAGUUGAGUGGAAUUCGGAAUGCUGAUGGGAGUGUCGAAGCGAAACGUAAACUGAGGAAGUCAACAAAACGAACAGAAAAUCGAGCAUUUAAAAAAUAUAUGGAAAUGUUUUAUCGUCCAAGGAAAAAAGUCAUGAUACCUGAACCUGAUGAUUUCUCUCCUGAUCCUCCACAAGAAAAACCUCAAACUCCUCAAGAAUGGUUUGAAGAGAGGAAAGCAGGAUUUUUUCCUCCGAUUUCCGCAGUAAAGCCUAUGAAGGAAAUUGUAGAAGCUGCAAAAGACAAAGAAACGCAUUUCACCGAAUCUGGUCCUGAUUAUGAACCUGCUAGUAAAUAUAUUGUCAAUCCAACUGGAUUUAUUCCAAAUUCGAUUCUUGCUAAGUUUUUAUGGCUUCAGGAAGAUGUGGAAAAACAAAAAGAAGAACUUUUAUAUAAACCUCCACAAUUUACAGAAGAACAAUGGGCUGAAAUUAACAAGAAAAAGGCAGAAUCUGAUGUAAUGGAAGUUGAAGAAAAUAUGGCCGCACCUUAUCUAUCAUUGGGAAAAAGAAAACCAUCAUCGAGUGAUAUUCCUACUUUUGAAUUUAAUUUGGCAACACCUUCAGAAUCUGGAUCUUUAUGGGAAGAUGAAGAGAGAGAUUGGGAUGAUGACGAUGCUAUUGACCCAUCUGCUGGAGGAAAAAGGAAGGAUGCAAAGAAAGUUGAGAAGAAACCAUCUGCAUUGAUGGAAAAAUUAAGAUCGGCUAUGAAAACUCCUCCACCUCUUCCAGAACCAGAACCUGAAACUCCUCCACCUGUUGCUCGACCUCCUCAAGUAAAAGCACCGAAACCGCCAUCAAAGCCGAUCAAGCCUAUUGUUAAGUUGGUAUCCAGACCCCCACCCCCUCCUAAACCUGCCAGUUCGCCCCCACCACAAGUUGUUCAUUCACCCACACCACCCCCACGGACACCCCCACAUCCUGCUUCCCCAUCACCCAAUUUUUUGACGCAGUUCCAAGGCAAAGAUUGGUUUGAGAAAUACAGGGAUUAUAUUUUUGAAAGAUUGAGACGGCCUCAUGUUGCAAGCCAAUUCUGCAAUAUAAUAUCUGAUGUGAUGGGUAUUGCAACGGAUUGGGAUUUCCGCAGAGCUAUUGUUGAUGCUUUACUAAUGCUAUGGCAACAGGAAGAUAUCGUUGACACAAAGCAUAUCAUCAAUGCAAUUAAUUUUGUCUUGAAUUCUUCAAAUCCGCCAUCACCAAAGGAUCCAAAUCAAGCUGCAUUUUUACGUUCUGCACUCAAAUUCAUGCAAGCAGUUUUAGGAGCAACUGAUGAAUUUAUUCUUGAACUAUUAACUCAGUAUUUAGAAGGAGAAACAACUCAUAAAAAUUUCAUCAAAAAUAUAUUACUUCAACUUGGAAUGAGAGAUAGUCACAAUUAUCUUGGCAAAGAACUUGAAACUUGGGAAGUAUGGAAUUUGAAUGAAACAACAUCGUUGAAAUCACAAAUCAAAGAAAUAGCAAGAAAGUGGAUGAAGGAAUGGACUGAAAACUUCAAGGUUCAUCUGGAGCAAGUUUUAGAAGAAUUGAAAAAGGGAGAUUUGAAGGCGACAAUAAGAAAACCACCAGAGACGCCACAAAGUGUCUUGAAAACUGGUAGUUCGCGCGGGAGUACUCAACGUGGAACACCUAGAGUACAUUUUACUCUGCAAGCUACUGAACAGUCGCUACAAAAUAUAACAUCCAUGGAGGUCAUCAAUUACUUCUGUGAGAUGUCAUUAGAAAAAGAACUUGAUCGAGUCAAACAAACAGAAAGCAAAAUUAAACCAGUGAAAAAUACUGUACUUGUAUUGCCUAAACUAGAAGGACCACAGGCUUUAGUGAGACUGGGAGAAAUGCACACUGCACAUCGUGCUAGACAACGCAACGAACUUGCAGCAGAAUAUAAAUUGAAUCCACUGUCUCGUCCAUAUCCUGACCUGAUGGCUGGGUUUGCCAGCAAAAUUAUUUUACCACUUAGUACAAUGUAUAUGAAUCCUUUCCCAUCUCCAAUAGACAGAUUUGAGAUGGAAAAUGUUUAUCAACCUGUGUUACUGACAUUACGAUCUGUACAUCAAAGAUACUUCAUACCUGAACGCUCCUAUGUGCACUUAUCCUAGACUUUUCCACAUUUUAUUUUCAACAAAUAUUUUUUGUUUACUCUUUAACAUUUUGAAGCUCUUGAAAAACUGUGAAACAUAACUAAAUAAAGCCUAUUA